AUGGCCAAUCGAAAGCAGCGGACAUACAACAUUGCCAUGGUCUGCGACUUCUUCUUUCCACAGCCCGGAGGAAUCGAAAGUCACAUCUACCAGCUCUCGAGCAAGCUCGUCGACCGCGGCCACAAGGUCAUCGUCAUUACACACGCCUACGACGACCGCAAGGGCGUUCGCUACCUCACAAACGGCAUCAAGGUCUUUCACGUGCCCUUCGCCGUCAUCUACCGCUCGUCCAGUUUCCCGACCGUCUUCUCGUUCUUCCCCCUCUUCCGCAACAUCAUUCUCCGCGAGCAGAUCGAGAUUGUCCACGGCCAUGCCAGUCUGAGCUGUCUGGGCCAAGAAGCUCUUCUGCACGCACGCACCAUGGGACUGCGGACCGUCUUCACAGACCAUUCUCUCUUCGGAUUUGCAGACGCCGGAAGCAUCCUCACCAACAAGCUGCUCAAGUUCAUCUUGAGUGACGUCGAUCAUGCCAUUUGUGUCAGCCAUACGUCGAAAGAAAACACAGUCCUCCGAGCCGCCCUGGACCCUUUGAUGGUCUCCGUCAUCCCGAACGCUGUCGUGUCGGACAACUUCAAGCCUCUUCCCCGGCCGGAUCCCGCCACGACAAACUAUCAUUUCCACCAACAUCCGCUGCCAGCGCAUCCUCUGGGUCCCCACGAACCCGUCACGAUCGUCGUCAUCAGCCGGCUGUUCUACAACAAGGGCACAGAUCUACUCACUGCUGCUAUCCCUCGCAUCUUGGAGGCACAUCCCAACACGCGGUUCAUCAUCGCGGGUUCUGGCCCCAAAGCCAUCGACCUCGAACAGAUGAUUGAGCAGAAUGUUCUCCAGGAUAAAGUGGAGAUGCUGGGCCCCGUGCGACACGAGGAUGUCCGGGACGUCAUGGUCAGAGGACACAUCUACCUACACCCGAGUCUGACGGAGGCAUUCGGCACCGUCAUUGUCGAGGCUGCCAGUUGCGGGCUCUACGUCGUCUGCACGGCAGUCGGCGGAGUCCCCGAGGUUCUCCCGUCGCACAUGACGGAGUUCGCCAAGCCAGAGGAAGACGACCUGGUGCUCGCGACGGGCAGAGCCAUCCAGACCAUCCGCGCCAACAAGGUCCGCACCGAGCGGUUCCACGAGCAAGUCCAGGCGAUGUAUUCGUGGACGAACGUGGCCAAGCGCACGGAGCGCGUCUACCAAGGCAUCAUGGGGGACGUGAGCGAUGCCGAGUUCUACGGGUACGAGGUCGCAAGCAAGGCCCAGUGGAGCGCUACACGGGGUCGCAACUUCGCCCUCAUCGACCGCCUCAAGCGAUACUACGGGUGCGGCGAGUGGGCAGGCAAGCUCUUCUGCCUCUGUGUCGUGAUUGACUACUUGAUCUUUGUCUUUUGCGAGUCCAUCUGGCCCAGAGACGAGAUCCCCAUCGCCCGCGACUGGCCCCGCAGAGUCUUUGCCGGCGAUGAUGAUGACUGA